AUGGAAGAAGAUAGCAAGCAAAGCGAACACAGGCUUUCUAAGAUUGAUCUUGAAGCUAAUUUAUGAAUUAUAUGAUAUGUUAACCCAGUCCAGACUCAGCUUGAAUGAGGCUUUGAUACUUGCCUUGAAUGUCUAGUUAAUUGGAUAAAGGCUAACAUCUAUUUUAACACUGUAAAUGAGAGAAAUUACACCUGAAAAUGCCCUGAUUCUACGUGAAACCAUACUCUGACUUCUGAGGAAAUCACAAGCGUGAUAAUGAAUUCAAGUCUUGGGGUAUCUAAAUCAUCAGCUUAUCUUGCUGAAAUUAACGAUCAGUUCAUGUUCUUCUAUAUCUCAAAUAAAGAGGAUUUAAGAAAAUGACCGAAUGAUGGCUGAGGGUACGCUGGAAUAAUUUCUUUCCAGAAAUGCACUAACUCACUAAUCUGAGAGAAAUGCAAUUAUGAAUGGGUGGACCCUAUUCACAAGCCAGGGAUCUCAACAGGAGGCAUACUUUCCUUACUGAAGCCAGGCGGGGAUAAGCAAGUUCUUAGUUAUUUCUGGGAAGUCUUAUUUGGGAAACCAUGCCCAGGCUGCAGCGUCACUAUCUAUAAAGACUUUGGAUGCUCAGUAAUGAAUUGAUCCUUGUGAAAGACAGAAUUUUGAUGGCUUUGUCAAGGAAAGACUCAGAACCAUGGUCAACAUUUUGAAGGUAGUAUUUGCCCUGGCGGAUAUUUCAUUACACAUGUUUCAUGGAUCUUCUUCCUAGUCUUCGGUGUAAAUAGCCAUCUAUACUACAGAUUUGAAGGAUUGAGAUCUAUAGAGUUAUCAGUUGCUUACUACACAUUGCUCAUAAUCCUAUCAAUAUUCUUCUUGAUAACCUUUAACUCCUUGUUAUCGUUGGUUGCAGAUAGCUACAAAAGAAAGCAUUACUUCUGUACAGCAUUUACUUGAAUAUUUCCUUUAUCAGUUAUAGCAAUAUUGUGAGUUUGGGCUCGCCUGACAAAUUUCGGUUUUACAUUAGCCAUCAUCUGACUAAUCAUUGAAUUGGCAAUAAUACUCUUAAUCUGCGCAAUCAGUUCCUUUGGCUGGUUGGAUAAGAGAAUGAAUAGGCACUAUCAUGAGUUCCAAGAUGAAGUUCCUCUUCGUUUUGAUGCACAAGUCCACCCUGUGAAUCUGAACAAAGACUUAGAUAUCUUAAGGGAAAAUUCAAUGGAUCAGGCUCGUGUUGAGCAAGAAGUUUUAGCAAGGGCAGAAGCAAAGCCUAAGAGAAAGAUGAUAAAAAGGAAAAAGAGCACUGGGUUAAAGAAGAAGAAACCAAUAGUAAAAAGUAUGGUAAAGAAGAGUAAAUCGAUUGGAAAGAGUCAGAAUAAAAAGAAAUUAGGCCAAGCAAACAAGAAAAAGAAAUUAGGACAGCCAAGGAAAAGUAAGAUGAAAAAUAAGGUUUGGAGAUAAAAAAACUCAAAAUUGAUAUCCAACAAUAAAAAGAAAAUGUUC